AUGGUUGGGGCAUUCCAUGGGCACGCUCACAAUCGCAUGUGUCAACUUGAUUGGCAUCCAAUGUACAUUACAGGAACUGGACACAGCAAAGGAGAGGGCUGUGAACAUGUAUUUUCUGCAUCUAAUGCUCUCGCACGUGGCACCCGACAUGCAAGCACAUUCCACCGGCAUCAGACGAUUGAGCAACACUUCGCAUUUUGGAAUGACGACAAAUAUGCUAACCUUAGCAACUUUUUGUGGAAUCACUACCGCGAGGCCCUAAAAUCAAUUGAGACCCUUACUGUUGAGCUAUCCGCUAUCAAAUCGGAGCUGAACAUUACCGAUGAUGACUUCCUGCGCUACUUCGAGCAAGAACGUGCUUAUCUACAUAGCUUGAAAGAGCCACCUGCAAGAGACCAGCUUUGUAUCCAUUAUUUGUUUUUAUAUGUAGAUAUGUCUGACAUUAACAAUCUCAGAACUGAUUGGCAUGCAGCACGUGAAGCUGCUAAUAAUUCCCUUACAGGGAUUGCAGCUAGCAGCUUGCAGAAGAUUAAUGAAGCGCUCACACAAGCUCGGAUCCGAGUCGAUUCAUCAUAUGCGAAGUUACAGCACGCAGAAGCGCUAGUGGCACAUGUCGAAAUUCAGCUCACUGUGGAAGCACGAUGGGAGGUAGGUGGCCCAGAAUACAAUGAAUUCAAAAUGGAGGCACGUAUAGGCAAGUAUCGUGCUGCACUUGACGAGCUGGAGCGCCUCGUAGUCAUGCAUUUAUUUGAGCUUUCCAAACUUUUGUUGUCAGGGACAGGUGAGUUCUGCAUUAGUACCCAUAUAGAUUCUCUCUGCUAA